AUGACUCUCCCUUCCUCCAUCCGGUACCCGGAUUCCGGGGGUUCUGCCCCAAACAGUAUGGGAGCCCCGCCCCCCGCCCCCGGGCCUCGCCUCUCAGCCACGCUGACCGUGGCAUUUCUGGUGGUGCUGUCCAUCUUUGGAGUACAAUCUCAGGCGGAUGAGGUUUUUAACAUCUUCAGCCCAGGCAACAGUGGUGGCAACGUCCAGGAGACGGUGACCAUCGAUAACCAGCGGAACACCGCCACCAUCAACGUCCACGCAGGGUCCUGCUCUUCCACCACUAUUUUUGACUAUAAGCAUGGUUACAUUGCAUCCCGGGUGCUCUCCCGAAGAGCCUGCUACAUUCUCAAGAUGGACCACAAAGCCAUCCCUGCUCUGGACAAGCUCCAACGGUACAUCUAUGAGAAGCAGACGAUGAACACCAUGGCCUCCAGAGAGUACACCUGGGUCCGGUACAACCCUCUGAAGUCCAUGCUCAUGAAGGUGGACUGGUUCCUGUUUGGGUCACCUAUUAAAAAGCUGUGCAAGGACAUCCCCCUGUAUGAGGGGGAGGUGGUUACAAAGCCGCCAAAGGCAAAUACUGGAGCCUGCGCAAAGGUGGGGCUCCUGGGGCUGCUGGGAUUCUCCAUCUGUGCAGGAAUUCACAUUUAG